CCAGUCAGCUGCCAGUGUCCCCCUCAUUUGCAACAUAACGACGCCACACGCGCCCGUGACAAACACCCCACGCUCUGCCUCUUUCCGCAUCGCCGGACCCAGACACCCAGUCGGACCCUCAACCCCGCCGCGCUCCAUCAAAUCAUCUCAUGGCGCCACCGAGCACGCAGCUGCCGCUCCACUCCCGCCCCCGCGGCGCGGCGGCAGCUGCAGCGACGCCCCGCCCUCCCGCCGCCUGUGUGCGCUCUCCGCUGUCCACCUCCUUCCUGAUGGCCUGGGCGCUACUGCUGGGGCUGGGCCUGUUCAUGCGCGCGGCACAGGCGGCCGCCGUCGUGGCGCAGCAGCAGCAGCAGUAGCAGUAGCACUAGCAGCAGCCUAGCAGCGGUGGCAGAUAGGCCUGGAUGGACUUUGUAAGACAUGUCUGAGACAUCUUUCCUGAGGGUUUGCGCUGUACUGUACCGCUGAGCAGAAAGUGAAGGAUUCGAUUCAUGGAAGUAACAGGCUGUGGUAGGGACUGAAUGAGUUGUGCGUUUGGGCUGCCCAUCAGGGUCAAGGAGCCGGCCACCCACGCGCCGACGCGAAAGUGGCCUGCUGUGAUCGGCACAGGCUAAACUGCGUGAUAGUGUGGUACCGGACUAACCUGGAUGUGUGCGAAGCUCUUUUGGGCUGCCAGGUGUGAUACACUGUUAUUGAGGGUGCCUCGGGCGUCCUGUGAUCCGUGCAAGGUGCCAAUGCCAGUGUGACCCAAACACAAGAUGACAAGACGCGACCUCUUUAGUCUCCGUCAGGGAACUUUCUAUUUUGCGGUGCAUGCAAUGUAACACGCGCUGCUC